AACGGAAAAGCCGAUAAUCGAUGUUUGUCUUACAUUUCAGUAAAUUACAUGUCCAUCAGGCUCUUGAAUUCCACAAAGUUGUUUACUUGUGCUAUAUGUUUUCAUAGUUGGAUUUUGUUUUACUAAUAUGAACAUUAAACAAACAGAGCAACAUGAUCGAAAAUUGAGUGAUUCUGAGCUUGAAAUGUAUAGUGUAAAAUCCACCGACCUGCAGGAAUCAGUGGAGAAUGUGGAAGAAAGGGAUGCUGAGAGCGAAGAUGAAAACGACUAUGAGGCCAAAGAAAAUAACGAAGGAGUAAAUGGCACCACUCGUACAGUUACGUUACAAACAUUAAUGAGCGCAAAUGUUUUGCAGCCAGGAAGAUCACUAAUGACAAUAGAUUACUUGGGACAAAAGUUUGUUGGAGAUUUAAUGCCGGAUGGCAAGAUUAAGUCACAAGAAACAGAAACUGUUUUCCUCACACCAAGUGCUUGGGCAGUGCAUUGCAAACGCAUUAUUAAUCCCGAAAAGAAAAGUGGCUGUGGUUGGGCAUCUGUAAAAUAUAAAGGAAAAAAGUUAGAUGCUUAUAAAAACUCAUGGCUGAGAAAGUGCGCGUUACAAAAAGAAAGCAGCGUGGACGAUUUGGACUCAGAAGCUGACAAAAAGGCAGAUUUUCUUUUACCACUAAUAAAACGAACUUUGUGCCCAUACAAUACUGUAAUCAAUAGAAAUUUUUCGCAUGAUGGAAAUAUGCUUAUCAAAGCAGUGCCAUUUACAUCAAUGGGCAAAGUUCAACCAUUUUUAGUUACGUUUAAUUCCUCAGCUCUACUACUUGCUGAUUUUCACUGUCACUUAACUAUGCGAGAAGUGUGCGGUUAUUUUGGAGGCCAUUGGGAUAUAAAUACACACACACUCACGAUAAAUAAAGCCUAUCCAUGUCGAAACGCUCGCUUUGAUCCUCAAAAAGUGGCCGAAGAAGAGCGCGACAUAAAAAACGCGAUUAUGCAAGAUCAGCUUUUACUCGUGGGUUGGUACCAUUCCCAUCCAAAGUUUCAAGCGGAACCUUCAUUGCGGGACUGUGACGCUCAGUUGGACUUUCAAAUUAGAAUGCGUGGUUUAUCAGAUGUCACUUAUACUCCUUGUGUUUCAACAAUCAUUUCAUCUUAUUAUGACGAAAAUCCAACUUUAGAAUCAGUUGUAAAAUCUAUUUGGAUUAUGCCACCAAAUGAAACUAAGCAAAUUGCGGAAUAUGGAUGUCCAAUGCUAAUGCAAUACUCAGUUUUGAUGGACAAGGAGAUACCAGAAUAUGUGCGCUGUGAAGUUCAGGCGUGUGCUGAAUAUUACGCAUUGUUUAAAAAUGAAUUUGUGAAAUUCAAUAGUUUAUUCAGUGAAGAUGUUACUUUUUUAGAAAAGUUAAAAAACACCUUGCGCUCUAAGAUUCCUAUAAAGCAAGAUUAUACGACCUUAUGGAACUGGAUUUGUGAAGUUUUGGGUUGUGCACAAAAAGAAGAAUUUAUUCCUUCUAAAACGAUACCAACCAUUGACCUAAAUAAGGGUGAAACAACUGACACAACUAUAUCUAUGCCAUAUUCGGUGAAUUCGCCACAAGAUGAAAAAACAAAAGAUGAUUAUAUCACUAGAAUUGUUGAACUGGAAAAAAAUGAUUUUGAUAAAAAGGUUAGCGAAAUAAAAGUUAUGACCCUGCAGGAACAACUUUGCUUGCCAUCGGGAUUAAACAUGAAUCCGGUGCGUACGUAUGCACCUUUGACAACACCAAAUCUGCUGGGGGUCGGUAAUAGGUCGUCUCUUCCAACCCAAAACACCCCGUCAUCUUCUUGCCAUACACCUAUUAGUUCAGCAAAUACAACCAUAUGUUCAGGGCUGCUAUCCCCACUGCCGACCGUCGUUACAGCUGGUAAUAAUACCACCGCAACUAAGUCAACUGUGUCUGCUACAGAAAUCUACGACAGUCCGAUAACGGUUCCCUCAAGCCCAGCCAAAUCUGAGAUACCUAUCAAAAGUUCUUCACCACCUAAAUCCGAAACACCAUUGUAUACUCUACAUUUGCUUAACUCUCCUGUACAAAGUCCCAGGAGCAACAGUAAUAUUACCCAAAAUAUCUCUAACAAUAAUAAGUACGAGGCCCCUAAUAUAUCUCAAACGCAAUCUGCAAUAUUCCCUUCUACAACGAAUGAUUUGGUUGCUGCGAGUUUGGCGCAACUGACUGGUCAGCUAGUACCCAAUUUUCUACAAAAUGAUUUAGCUAAUCUUUUUCAACAGCACCAGAGUGAUAAAAAUUAUGGAAAUUAUACUCUUAAUCAAAUAGCUUCUGGAAAUGGUGAAGAACAAAAAAAUAGUUUAAGCGAAACAGCCGCAAGCCGUUGCUCGAAGAACUUCAAUUUGCCGCGUAUACAAGAAUUAUUAGUACAUAAUCAAGAAAUGUUAAUAAAUACUAAAAAUAAAACAGAUCCAUCGAAAAUAUCUUCGAAUUUAAAUUUCUCAUCGAUUUCCUCAAAUUUUCACAAAACGAAACUAAUGAAAGAAUUAAGUAAUAUUAAAAAUGAUCCUUCUAAAAUAAACAAAUUAAUGCGUUCUCCGGAAUAUGCUGCUCUCUUAUUACAUCAGGCAGAAGCACUCGGUGCAACUACUCUAAGUACUCUUGGGAUUGGAUCAGAUUUAAAUUUCUUAACAGGAAGUAGUAUUGGGACCAAAGCCAAUGCAUCACAAAUUGCUGACUAUAAUAACUUAGUUCAAGUUUCAAAAACUCUUGGGUAUGAAUCUUGUAUGCAAUUAGCAAAAUCUGAUGAUUUGAAUAAUUUUCUACAACAACAAAUAGGCGCUGUUGCAGCUGCUACUUUAGCUAAUGUGUCCCUAUCGUCGUCACAUAAUGCCUCUAAAAAGCAAAAGCAGCCAGAAUCGAAACCCUUAACCGACUACAGUUCUAUUUUAGAAACAUACUCAAAGCUUUUUGAACCCGAAAGUAGUUUUCGGGGCGGUGAAAUUAUAGGAAAUACCGCAAACAAUGCGCGUCGUGAGUUGUCUGCUCUGUUUUCAUCUGAUACCGAACUAUCUGUAUUUGAUACAAAACCGAAGUCUAAAGAUGCCACUUUGCAAAUUCAAGAAAAACAAAAUUCAAAUAAAAACCAGUUCGAAAAUUUAUUGUUUUGUCAUCAAAGUAAAAUUUCACCAGACCUGGGUACACUAUACGCAACUUCCACAGCAACAACUAAUAAACCAGAAACACCGCAGGAUUAUCUUUAUCUCCAGCAGCAACAUGAGAAACAUGAUAGUAAUUUUUUCAUUUCGCCUGCUGCCAUGAUGAAAAUACAAACAGAUUCUCUUUCGGCAAUGAUGAUGAAACCUCCUAAGACCACAUCAUCAACUAUUUCUUCAUUAUCUCGUACACGAGAAACAUCAACAUCUCCUGCCCUUCGAUGUCUAACGCCAACAAAAAGCGGCGCUGGAAGCUCAAACGCAUGCAAUACCACUAAUUUAAAAUAUAAUUUUAGUGCAACUGAUUUAGCUGUUUCCAGUAUACAGUCUAACACAUCCGCUUCGGUUCCUGUAGAAGCUGGUAAUAAUUUAAUAAAGCAUCGAAGGCUCUCGAAUACACCACCUGUUGACCUGAGCUGCCUUUAUGGUGAAGGCCAGUCACCUUUGGGAAAGGGUUACAUGAAAAAACGAAUGGAAUUUUCAUCAAUAGCGGAAUUAGCGGCUCCUCCGCCUACAAAAAUGUCUAAAGUAAAUGAAGACACACUUUCUGUUCUGCAAUGAUACAAUUAUUCAGAAUUUAAAAUGUUGGUAAAACCUACAUGGAGGGUGAUCCAUAUAGUGGUUUAUUUUCGAAAAUUCAAAAAAAUGAACAAAAAUUGUUUUUUUUUUAACAGUAGAUUAUUGGUUUAUUCGAGCAAACAUUCCCAUUAUUUGUUGAACACGAUUUCAUUCUUGUGGCAGUAGCAUAUGCUGUUAACCUAGUUUUCCUAGACCUUGGUGACGGUUUCUGGCUCUACUAUAUCUUACAAAGGGUUUGCUCGACGCUCACCUUAAGGAUCUGAAUCUUUAACGGAAUAGGACAACAUUAGCCCUUCUCGGCAUCCCACGGCGUCGAUUCGCAGCUCGGAAGUGGCCAAUAGACAUCGACGCGACGGCUGAUAACUAGUGAUGGGCGAGUCCGAGAUGUUUAAACAAUCGAGAGAAUCGCCAUCAUUGCAAAAGUAAAAUCGAGUCAAGAAACGACUCGCUGCACGAGUGUACAAUCGAGCUGUUUUCGACCGUUUCGAGUAGACUGAUUUAUCAUCGACAACUCAAUCGAUAGCUUAUUCAGGUGGGAGUUCAAAAUUUUAAAAUGCCUCGCUUAAAAAAAACAAUAGUAUUGGAGUUUUUUAAUAAAAUAUCGGAUCGUGACAGCCCAAUAUCAGCUAACUGCAAGUUGUGCAAAUGCGCUAAAAAUAUUUUGGAAUUUCGAAAAGUUUUGAUGCAUAUGGUUGUCGUCGUCUGCCAACCUUUAAGCAUGGUUGAAGACUGUGGUUUCAAUUAUUAUUCUUCUUAAAUGAUGCGAUAACCGCUUACGCUAUUUUGGCUGAGUUUAACAAAGUGCGCCAGUCAUUUCUUUCUCGUGCUAACCGGCGCCAGUUGGACACACGAAGUGAAGCUAAGUCCUUCUCCACCUGAUCUUUCCAAUGCAGAGGAGGGUUUCCUCUUCCACUGCUACCAUCAGCUGUUAUCGCAUCGAAUACUUUCAAAGCCGGAGCGUUUAUAUCCUUUCGGACGACAUGCCCCAGCCAGCGAAGCCGCUGGAUCUUUAUUCGCUGUAUAUGUAUAUGCCGUCGUAAAGCUCAUACAGCUCAUCGUUCCAUCGCCUGCGAUAUUUGCCAUCGCCAACGUGUAAAGGUCCAAAAAUCUUCCGCAGAAUUUGGUUUCAAUUAUUUCACAAAAAAUGUAUAACACGUCACAAACUUCCAUCUCCCAAAGUUCUAUCAAAAAGUAUGUUAGCGAAAACAUAUGAUCCCAUGAGUUCGGAUUUCAGGAGCAUGCUGUAGGAGCCAACUAUAUAUAUUUAAGAACCAACUUGCGGACUUUCGACAGCAACCGUUGCUAUAUAACUGUUACGGCACAUUUCAUUUACGACUUUUUUGUUUUGGCAACCGAAGAAGUCAAAACUGGCCAUUCGUAUACUGGUUUAAGAAAGCGUUCAGUUUACCAACAAAUUAAGCACAUUACUUGAGAUUCAAAGGGCUUCCGAAGACCGGUAAUACAGAAGAUUAAAGCCAUUUCGACAAAAAAAGUUGCUGCUAUAACUUCCACCACUACACCGACAACUGCUUAUAUUUUGAUGAUAAAGCAAUAUUUGAAAUGCCUUAUUUCGAUCGUAAGCAGGAUCCAUUACGGCUUUGGGAAAUUCAUCAUUCUAAGUUUCCAGAAAUAUAUACAUAUAUUAGCUUCUAAUUACCUAAAUAUUUCUACAACUUCUGUACCCUCGGAACAUAUAUUUAGUAAAGCUGGUAUGAUGACCAAUUUGAAGCGAAACAGAUUGGACUCAUAAAGACUGGAUCAACUCUUACUUUUAAGUGAGAAUUUAGACUUGAAUUCUUUGUUUUGAUAUUUAUUAUCAAAUUUAUAUAUACUAAUUGAGAUAACUGUUGGGUAUACACAGUAAAGAAGAUUUACAGAAAAUAUCGCUUUUUUCUAAUUACUAUUCGUAACAUUAAGACACCUCGUUUUAUGCCCACUUUAUGAAAGGAAAUUAAAAAAAAAAAUCCAUAGAAGCAAUAUUUACUAUAAUUGAUCUCAUUUUUUUUUUUAUAAACCGACAAAGAUAUAUUUUUUUCUUCCUAAUUAUUAUGUGUAUAAUUCCAAUGAUCCCAGUUUUUCUUUACAAAAAUGGUUACAUGUACAAAUGAAGUUGCCAUGAGCCUCAAGCAGUAUUGCCCACUUUCAAUAAGCUGCAAAACUUGGAAAACCGCUACCGCUUUAAAA